UGUGAUAAAAGUGGAGGGAGGACAUGGCACUCCACACUGCCUGGCUCCGUCAUUCCUGGAUGUCAUCCUGCCCUGAGGUGCUGUUGGCUGAGCUUCAUCAUCCAGCCCAGAGUCAAGCUUUGGAAACAUAACGUCACCACAUGCAAACUGUGGUUCCAGCGGAGAGAAUGAGAGCGGAACGUAACUCUGCAUCGGGCACAAGGCUUUGCUUCUCUGUGAAUUCAACGCUAGAUACAGCACAUGUUGUAUCCAUGGAGCAGAAUCGCCAUCUUUGCUCCAGUGGGGAAACAAACAUGGAUACAGGAGAGGAUCUGUCUUGCUUAAAGAUGGAGGGGAUCAAGGUGGAAGAUUCUGACUCAUGCACCGGACUCUCAGAUGAGACACACCGACAUCUGACAAUCAGUGAUGGGCCGUCCAUUAGCUGCACUAAAGCCAGAGGCAAGUUUAGGCCAAGGCUCCUGGCUACCAAAAGCUUCCCCCCUUACAGUCAGUGCAUCGGUGGACUGGGAGAAGACGAGGACUGGGACAGAUAUCUUGACUCAGACUCGCCCACUGCUUGCCAGUCGAAUGCAAAGGAAGAGAAACCUGUAGCUUAUGAGGCGGACGACACUGCAAAGUAUUCCCGGGAUGUUCUCAGAGCCAAAUGGAAGUCGAGGAGGAAAGAGAAAUUAGGAGGCAGCUUCGACGUUGGCACAGACGGCUGCGAUAGAUGGAGGCUGAGUGGGAAGAGGAGGGUGGAGAACAGUGGAAUACAAGGAGAACACUGCGACGAGGACGAGGGGAAACCCCGGAGAGGCAAAAGCUCCAGUCUGAAGAGAGGUGGGAGCAGUGUGGAGAAGGAAGACGGGAAACCUUCUCCCACCUCUGCAGCUCACGAGAACAGCAGCAGUUUGGAGGACCCCGGGGGGCAGAGCCGGGAGGAUGAUGAGGUGAUGGAGCCCUCAAGUCAUCGGCAUCCAAUCCUCUCCAAGCUGUUGCAUUCCUCCACCUCCUCGUCCUGUUCCUCUAUCAACCUCUCAUCAGAGAGUGAUGAGGUCUUCAGCGACCUAGAUGACGUCGUGUCUAAAAGAAAAACCUUCAAGAAGAGUCGCACAUGGAAAACCUUCCUGACCAUGAUGCACUGGUCACUCAAGCGACAGAGCUCCUGGGUUCAGCUAGCUGGACAUCAAGGUAAUUUUCAAGUUAGUAAAGGAGGGGAGGUGCUGAAGCUGUACAGUGAACUGGAGGCGAAGUGUCUGGACAGCCUGAUGAGAGAUCCGCUGAGGCCCUUCGUCCCGCAGUACUAUGGUUUGGUCACCAGAGGGGAGCACUGCUACAUCCGCCUGGAGGACUUGCUCAACGGUCUGAGGAGGCCUGUUAUCAUGGACUGCAAGAUGGGAGUCAGGACAUUCCAGGAGGAGGAACUGGUCAAAGCCCGAACGAAGCCCAAUUCGAGGAGCGACAUGUACCAGAAGAUGGUGAAAGUCGACCCAUCAGCACCAACAGCCGAGGAACACGAACAGAAAGGAGUGACAAAAUGGCGCUACCUACAGUGGAGGGACACAACCAGCUCCACAUCCACCCUGGGCUUCAGGAUUGAGGGCAUCAUGAUGGAGGAUGGAAGUGUCCAACGGGAUUUUAGAAAAAUUCACUCCUUGACUCAGAUCACAGAAGCGUUACUCUACUUCACCAGGAGCCAACUGGACACUCUGAACGCGUACCACUCCAGGCUCGUGGACCUGAAAGAUGCACUCAGGAGUUCAGAGUUCUUUCGAAAACAUGAGGUUAUUGGCAGCUCACUCCUCUUUGUACACGACCACAGCAAGGCCAGUGUUUGGAUGAUAGACUUUGGGAAGACGAUGCCUCUUCCUGACUCGAAGGAGGUCCAGCACGGCAUCCCUUGGGUUGAGGGGAACAGGGAGGACGGCUACCUGAUCGGUCUGACCUCCAUCCUCACGGCUCUGAGCCAGGCCAUCAGCCUGGCCGAGGGGCAACAGGAGGGCAGCUGAGUGGGAACAUGGAAAGUGUGAAACAUGAAGUUCUCAGAGUGUCUGUGACACCAGCACCUGGAUUCAGGGAUGAAGCAAGAACGAUGGCUGCUUCAAUGAAGCUGACAUUCAAAGACAUAUGAAGUGGAAGCUAGUCUUGCUUAUUGUACAUCUGGUAUGUACAUACGCCAACAGUUUGAAGGGUUUUUAAAAAAAUAAAGAAUAAAGUUAUUUCGUGUGUGUUUUUGUAUUGCAUGUUAUAUUUAAAUGUUAUGUAUCUCUAAGAACGAGAUUGCGCACAACCUCAUGUUCUGCCUGUUUUAAGUCAGUACAUGUUUGUAUGUUUAGUGGUAGCUGUGCUUUUUGAUAAAGAACUGAUGAAACGCACAUGUCGCUUUUCAUGAUCUAU